CACUAUGGACGAGUACGAUUAGGUCCUAACGUAGUUUAUCCUACAAUAUCUCCCAAAAUUCAAACGAGGUACGGUACCGUAUGGAGGUACGGUACCGUACGAGAAUGUCAUAAGCAGAAGUUACCUCUGAAAAAAAAAUGAAUACAGCCUGCUCUGAAUUCUGAAUUCAACAAAAUACUUACUACGUAUUGUACUACGGUACGCACCGUAACGUAUGUUCUUACGGUGAGACACGCAACUUGCAUGUUGUUGUACCCACACGGUACGGUAAUUUCGAAACAUUCUGGAAUACUUGCACAUUCUCGUUUUCUGAGUUUUGAGUAGGAAAAGAAUUAAACUCACCAUUCAACGAUGGACAUUGUUGACUCGUUUCUAUCCCUUCCUCUGUUCACAAGAACAUGGUUGKGUCUGACAUUUGCCAUUUCGGCAGCUAUCACACUGGAUGCGAUCUCUGCCCACCAAGUUGUUCUCGAUUGGGAUCGAGUCUCCAGUUUCAUUUCUGCUAGAAARGCGAUGAAUCGUUAUGGCACUCAUGACCGCCCCGAACUUUGGCGACUCUUGACAUCCUUUUGCUAUUGCGGAGGGCCACUGAAUCAGAUUCCUUCUCUUUUCUUACUGUACACGAUAUACAUUCACGGCAAGGGGUAUGAGAGCAAUCCCUUUCCUGCUGGAAGCGGAAGUCGGACCGCUGACGGUAUUUUCGGUUCGAUCUUUUGUGUUGUUGUAAUCCUAUGCACACACCGCCUCCCUGGUUACUUCUUCGGUCGAAAGUACUCGCUGUAUCCUAUCUUGACCCGCAAUCUGACCGGUGCUCUGCUCUAUCUUUGGUCGAAACGAAACCCGCGUGCAAUGAUCCAAUUGAAUUUCGUUCCAAUGGAAGGCCGGUAUCUUCCGUUUGCUCACAUUGGGAUCUCCCUGCUUAUGAAGAAUCGUCUUCACGAACUUCUUCAUGGUUUGGCGGUCGGUCAUCUGUAUUACUUCCUUAUUGCAAUUGCUCCAGCUCAGAUGGGGGGGCGACGGAUGUUGCGCACUCCGCAAUUUUUAGUUGAAUUGAUCGGAGAAGGAGGAUUGGUACCAGGAGAAGAAGAAUACCAUCGGCUUCCGCCACAACAAGAACGGCGAGAAUUCGCAUUCGGUGACCGAGACGGUGCUACACCGGCCCAUAUUGCCGCCAAACUUGGAAAUUAUUCCGAACUGCAAGAGCUCGUUGAGGCAUUAACGACCAAUGCUGGUGGCCAUCGCCGUCGUCUUUUGCUCGGAGCUCGUGAUCGAAACGGAUGGCAACCUCUGCACGAAGCGUGUCGAGGUGGUCACAUGGAAAUCGUCCGUUAUCUCGUAGUAGAACAAGAACAAUACGUUGAUAUUUAUGCAAGAACUAACGGUGGACAAAGUCCCUUGUCGUUGUCACAGGAAUAUCAUGGAGAAAAUCAUCCCGUGACGCAAUUGUUACAAGAAAAAAUAGGAGCGGAAAAUGAAGGGAACGAUAACGAUAAUAGCGACCAGAACUGAUAGAYUUGUUAGGAGACUGGCGAUGGAAACAGUGAACAACAGGCUACCGCUUCCAAAAUGAUUGACAUUCUGGUGCUCGUCAGUCAUACUACCAUUGAACACACCUCGAAAGAUUGGCACUUGACAAUGCUUAUACAAAGUUUCAGCGAUCGAAUUGCCAGCCUACCGGUUCAAAUACAUUGAUUUGAAUUCAGACAUCACUGAAGCGCCAGAAGAGACGGAUUGUAUGGGUUUAGCAAGUUCAACGACACGGAUUACAGAAGCAAUAUUUUGUCAAUCUUCCUGAACGGAAAUAGUUGAUACAAAGGACAACUAUUGAUUGUCAAACCUUUUGGAAACUAAUGCAACCGUGCAUAUGUGCUAGAUACAUGGCAAUCAGAGAGACUACUACAUGUACAAUUUGAUAAGGAAGAUGAUAUGAAUCAAUUUCCAGCAGUACU